AUGAGUCCGGAUGACUUAGAUAGGGAACUUGUUAAAAACGGUCUCGGAAUAUAUGAAAUGCCAGCAGAUGAGGUACAAGAAACUCAACAGGAAGAAGUUCAGAUACAACCAGACAUGGAAGAAAUAGUUCAGCAACAACAACUAGAAGAGCCUGAAGGAAACAAACAAGUCCCUCCUUUGGAAACUAACUUCACAGAACUAGAUGAAGAUUUGGAACAGCCGAAAAAUCUUGACCCUCAACAAGAGUAUGAGGUGAAUAUGGAAUCUUUCCAAGAGUCUAAGAAAAAUUCGGCUGACAUAGUAGAAGAAUAUCGAAAAAUGUUCGCCGACAUACAAAAGACUCCAACAUCAGAUGAAAAUAUUCAGCAUAGAAUGGAAGUACUGAAAGAAAAUGUACGCAAAUACAAUAAUCCUUUUUACUUACGACCAUAUAACGUUCAAUCUUUGGCUGAACUCGGUGAAAAUAAAAGGUUAAAUUUCAACAAAACAUAUAGAAAUGAAACAUUGUUUAAAGUUCAUUCAGAACCUAACCAAUAUGGAAACAAACCUACUUUUGUUUCUGCAGACUAUGGAACUACAAUGAGAUGGGGUCAUAAAGCUAAUCCGGAUAGGUGGUUCAUAAACUUACAACCACAAUUCCAAGAAGUUGUAGACGCAAUGGAAGUGAAUGGUGAACCAGAUAUAGCUGGUAUUUUCAGCGCGGCUUUAAUGCCAUUGAAAGAUAUGAAACAUGCAGAUAUUUUGGACCAGUAUGAAAUGAACAUGGCUGAGGGAAAUAUAACACCUGACGUUCUAGAACAUUUAUCUCAAAGAACUACACAGAACCAUAGAGAUGGUAUAUUUGGUGAAGAGUUUAGAAAGAAAGUUAGGGAGAGAGAAGGAAGAGAACCUAUUGUACAUGACCUUGCAAACGAAAGUUUGCAAAUGUCAUAA